UUGCCCCCAGCGCCUAGAACGGUGCUCGGCACGUAGCCGGCGCUUACCCUGUACCACGGUUCUUCUUCUCUCGAACCCCGUGCCUCAGUUUCCUCUUCUUUGCCCUCGCAGCUGGCCCCCCGAAACGUGAUGCCCCCCUUAACGACGUGGCCGACGGAGGGGAGGAGCGAGCCGGCCCGCCGCAAUAAGAGGAGUAAAAACAGCGAGGGAGCGGACGGCCCCGUGAAGAACAAGAAAAAGGGAAAGAAGGCCGGCCCCCCCGGGCCCAGCGGACCCCCCGGCCCCCCCGGCCCCCCCGGCCCCCAGGGGCCCCCCGGGAUUCCCGGGAUUCCCGGGAUCCCAGGGACCACCGUCAUGGGGCCCCCCGGGCCCCCGGGCCCGCCCGGCCCGCAGGGACCCCCGGGGCUGCAGGGACCCUCAGGGGCCGCCGAUAAGGCCGGAGCCCGAGAAGCCCAGCCGGCUGUGGUGCAUCUCCAGGGGCAAGGGGCGGCCAUUCAAGUCAAGAAUGAUCUUUCAGGAGGUGUCCUCAAUGACUGGGCCCGGGUCACCCUGAACCCCAAGGUGUUCAAACUGCACCCCCGAAGCGGGGAAUUGGAGGUGCUGGUGGAAGGUGCCUAUUUCAUCUAUAGUCAGGUAGAAGUCUACUACAUCAACUUCACGGACUUUGCCAGCUACGAGGUGGUGGUGGACGAGAAACCUUUCCUCCAGUGCACCCGGAGCAUCGAGACGGGCAAGACCAACUUCAACACGUGCUACACGGCGGGCGUCUGCCUGCUGAGGGCCCGGCAGAAGAUCGCCGUCAAGAUGGUCCACGCCGACAUCUCCAUCAACAUGAGCCGGCACACCACCUUCUUCGGGGCCAUCCGGCUGGGCGAAGCCCCCGCGGCCUAGGGGACCCAGGCGCGGACCCCCGGAGCCCAGCGGUCGCCCCCCCGACCCCGGACCCGUGAGGCGGGAGGGAGGGCGGGCGGACCCGCGCGCCCGGCCCUCGCCGCGGAGGGCUCGACGGGGCCAGAGAGAGAGAGAGAGACGGCGGGGAGGGUCGGAGGGCAGCCCGCUGGACCCGAGGUGGACGUCGCGGGGACGGGGGAGCCGAAACGGGGGCUCGGGUUGGGGGUCCCGCCCCGGGAACGGGGAGAGAGAGAGAGAGGGGUGGGGUCCGGUCCCGGUCGGGGCGGGCGCCCCUCGGGAACGCGCCCUCCCGGGCCUCGCCCGCCGGGAGCCCCCCGGCGCGGCCCGGGGCCGGACACGCUAGGCCGAGCGGGCGGGCCGGACCCCUCCACCGCUGAGCUGCACCACCACCCGCUCGCCCUCCCCACGCCCCUCCCCCCGACCCUCCCCCACGG